GAAUUUUUAAAUUACUGAGAGUUCGUUGCCAAUACCCAGUUAGUUAUUGGACUGAUUCUUGUAAUUAAAAUAUCCACGAAAUACUCUUAAAUAAAACAUCAAAAAGAGUAACGUGUUUGUGCACGUUUUUUGAUGUUUGCACUGAUCGUCGAGUCGCGCAUUCCCAAAAUCUCAUAUUUGUUGAGAAUAAGCAAGCGCUUCCGACACUACUACAGAAACAUGGACUGCCCGGAGUUGCUGCCACCCGCGACUGUGCGUGGCAUGACUGAACUGCACCGCGCGGAGUUCCAAAAACGCAUACAAAUCCCCCGACUCCAAGUGCCUGAGUCUCAGGUGCAACGUGUAAUUCCGCUUGUCAAGAAAUUGCUGCUCAAAAUGGAGCAUCUACACCCAGUGCGCUCGGUGGAAAGUGGACGUGAAAUACUACUACAUCCGUUGUCCGUGAAAAACUGGCAAUCGUUACCCACAGAAGCGCUAGCUGAGCAACAGGUGACCGAAGACAACUUUUGCCAUGCGGAGCUCGAGUUGAACUACGAAAAUUGGAGCGCUAAUGAGAUAUUAAAGAGCGUGCUUCCCGCCAACGAAGAAGGUCUCUCCUCCUUCUCGCGCAUUGGACAUAUCGUGCAUCUGAAUCUGCGGGAUCAUCUGUUACCAUAUAAACAGCUAAUUGGCGAGGUGCUGCGGGACAAAUUACCCAAUUGUCGCACGGUGGUUAACAAGGCGUCCACCAUUGACAACACCUAUCGCAAUUUUCAGCUGGAACUAAUAUGCGGCGAGGCAGAGUACCAAGUGGAAACCAAAGAGAAUGGCAUUCCAUUUGAGUUUGAUUUCUCAAAGGUGUAUUGGAAUCCACGACUGUCCACGGAGCACGAACGCAUUGUUAAGCUGCUGCAGCCUGGGGACGUGCUCUAUGAUGUGUUCGCUGGUGUUGGCCCAUUCAGUGUGCCGGCAGCAAAGAAGCGUUGCCAUGUGCUGGCUAACGAUUUGAAUCCCGUCAGCUUCGAUUGGCUGCAGCACAAUGCCAAGCGUAACAAGUGCCUGCCUCAGAUACGCAUGUAUAACAAAGAUGGACGAGAGUUUAUUCUCCAAGAGUUGCGCGAAGAUUUGCUGCAACGCUGGCGUGCAGCAGCAACAACACCUACUGCUUAUAGCAUACACAUUACAAUGAAUCUACCAGCGAUGGCUGUGGAAUUUUUGGAUGCAUUUAGAGGCCUCUACACAGCGGAAGAACUCGCCGAGCUGCCCGAGGACUUGAACUAUCCGCAAGUGCAUGUUUAUUCCUUCGCCAAGGGUGAGGACACCAAGACGUUGGUGCGGCAACUGGUGGAAAGUAAUCUGGGUUCUGUCUUGGAGAGCGAACUGCAGGGUAUUAGUUUUGUGCGUAAUGUGGCGCCCAACAAAGACAUGUAUAGAGUAUCCUUCAAGUUGACACGACAGCUAUUGACAACUCCAAAACAGGCGUUGCGCAAGCGAGCUGCAGAAGAGCAGGACGACAUCUCGGAAGCAGUUACAAAAGUGAAAUGUGUUUGAUGAUGUUGACAAUAAAAAGUUUGUUGUAACAGAAAUCU